GCACCUGCACCUGACCCUCCUCACCGAUCGAAUCCGUUCCAUGUCAGCUCUCGCCUGCCCGCACAGCUCAAGGCGCCCUACCUUACUUACUCAGGUAUCUACCUUGCCCGCGCCCGCCCGCCCGCACGACAUCUCCCUUUCUUCGUACUCCGUGAGCCCGUCUGCAUCAUGCCCGCCGUUUCGUGAGGCCACCGACCGCCUCUGCAUAGACCUGAUUUGUAUCGCAUAUCUCGCCAGGGAGAAUCGAUGGAUGCUCUAGCAAUGGCCUCGUCGAGCUUUAUAGCGCCCUAUUAUUAAAAACAUUUCGUUCCCCCAUCCUCCUCCCGCUUCGGCCGCUGUCUGCAGAUCCCCGCGUCGACGCCGAUCGGGUCCCAGACUUCGACGCAGCGUUGCCCGACACUUGCAGCCGCGUCGUGGCCUGGCCAACAUGGCUCGAUUUGUCGAUUUGGGCGAGGAUGGCGAAGACGCCGCACCUGCAAUACAAGACGCCCUACAGCGGGAGAUUCGACAUCUUGUCAAUGGCUCCCCCGCGCCCGACCUCGAGGCACCUGCCCAGGAGCCGGCGCCGCGCGUAUCGAACGCCAUGACUGAUGCAUUGAGCUGUUAUCCCAUCGUCGUCGCCAUCGUUUCGUCAAUCGAUCUGAAUUCCCUCGACGCCCUCUCCCGUACCAGCCGCGCAAUCCACGAUGGUUUAGUCCAGUAUCGGACCAUUCUUCUGGCUUCGACUCUUCGCUGUUCCAACGAAAAGCUCCCCGUUAACCGCGACGAACUGCUUCGAUAUCGGGCUCGUGCUAGCAACUGGCACUAUAUGGAAGAUGGCAGGAAUUGCAGCGGCAAGGCUGGUAGUUGCGCACGCGACAUGGUCGACGAGUGUAGACGUUGCGGCGAGGUGAUUUGCAGGAACUGCACCAUCAAGCCGCCCGCUCCCGUCGCGCUCCGCGAAAGACAUCGCAGGCUCUGCGUCACCUGUGUGCGAGCCCCCAUUGGGACUCUCAUCCACCCGCCCCUAGAUCCCGACACCCCUUUCUACUCAGAGCCCGUGCAGCGGGCCCUCUGCACAUGCGACGCCAAGGGCGUUUGGCUCUGUCAACCCUGUGGACGCAGCAUCCGGGGGGCAGACCACGAGUACCAACGCAUAUGGAAGUGGCGAAACCAGUAUGGCGAAGUCCUUGGAGGCCUUGGCACCGGUAUCGGCGACGGUGACCGGGGUGUCAUCUGCGGCCGUGAGGAGGAGUGUCUUGCUGCGCGCGAUCGCGAGCAAGAGGUCGACUGUGACGCAGAAGAUGUCCGCGACACAGGCCAAGCGCCUUGGAUUGCCGAGCUCCCCUCCCCGGCUUCCGUGGCGACUACGCCGGGACACAACGGAUCACCAUUUAGUGGCAUGGGCACACCGCUCACCACCUUAAUCGAAGAGUUCCGCCACGAAAACGAGCGGACUCCGUCCCCUCAACUGGGCCCAGGCUACGCGCGCCACGAGAUUGAGGGCAUCGGCGGCCGGGUUAAGCGCAAGCUGGUCCGCAUGGUGCGCGUCGGGGCCUGCGUACCUGAAUGGGAUGACGAAAAGGGGAGCGGGAGCCGCGUCCUGGCACCAGAAGUUAACGGCUGUUGUCGAAGCUGGUGCGGCUGGUGCUGGAGGGUCAUUCCCGGGAGGAAGGACAUCAACGAGGAGACAUCUUCCGUGGGCAGCGCGCGCCGACCGUCGUCUGUGAGCAGCGGGGGUCGUCGUCCCUCAUCGUGAGGUCUGCGGAACAGCGAGUCAAGGAAAGCGCUACAAUGGAGGAUACGGUUCGCAUGCCAGAUGCAUCCAAAAGGUGUUUGUUGGUAUUUGUACAGCGAGCGCGCUCCUAUGCUCUUGCUCGAUAUAACGCCUAGUGUAACGGCCCAUUGCCU